AUGGCAGCAUGGGUUGCACUGGAUGGGUCACUGCGCAGUGUGCUGAAGAAGACAAACGACAGCCAUGGCAUGAAAGCUCUGGUGGAGCAACUGGUUGUUUACGUGCAAGGCCAAGACAUGACAAGCGGCAUUGUCCGUGACGAAGUGCAGCAUGGCCAUCUGAAGCGGGCUGCCUGCGACACUCCAAAACGAUCGACCUCCCCAAGUGAAGCUGUGGUUCGCAUUUGCAGCGGGGUGUCAGGAAUCCUCAAUGCAUAA